UCAUGCAAAUUCCAUGAAAAAUUAUAACGGAACGGAAAAAACUAGAGACUUUUUUCUCCCCUAUGAAUAAAAAAAAGCUCGUGAUUUUGAGCACGAAUAACAUAAACCUGUAAAAAAGAGGCGUGGACAAUUUUUCCUUAAGGAUUUUUGAAAUUACAAAACGUAGAUAGUUUUAUUCAGGCAAAUUUACGUUCCAAUGAUAUAUUUUAAAAAGUGAUGACGUUUCCGAACCGUUCUGUAAAUAAAAACAAGAAAUUAAAAUCUCAAUUAGUCUUAAAUAAAAAAAAAACAUUCCAGCUCAAGAGCCAUAACAGUUCUAAGAGCCCUCGCAAAUUUGAUUACUAUUUAUAUAUGUACCAUACAUUAACUGUAGCGCGCUGUGGCGCGAAAUGUAAAUGUCAAGUUUAAGCUUCCAUCAAUGUAGCCCACAAGAUGGCAGAACCUACAAUGCAUAAGAAGAGUGAAAAAGGUCCGUGAACUGUAGAGGUCAGCACAUGCUUUGGCGUGAAAUGUCAAUAUACAAUUUAUGUUUCCGAUUCAGGGCAUUACGUAUUCGAAAGCAAUCUUUAAGUAGUAAUAAUGCUUCUUUUACUUUUUAUUAUUAUUUGCAUAGAGCGCGUAUAAAAAUGCCAUCAAAACAGUUAACAAAAAACGUAGCUAAUUUUUGUCACCGUUUCUUUCUCUGUGCUUGUGCUCUGAUGGCUACUUUAAAUGCAAAAGUAAAUGUAAAAGUAGGGAAAAGGUUGACAAGAACCCCUAGUGUAAAUUUAUUCGAUAGCGUGACGUGACGUACGCGAUUGCGUUAAGUCUCAUUUUGUAUGGGAUUUAGAAACAGCGCGCCAAGAGGGACGUUUUGGAAACUCAAAAUCCCAUACAAAAUAAGACUUAACGCAAACGCGUACGUCACGUUUUGCUAUCGAAUAAAUUUACACUAGGGGUACAGAUGUUGUUUUCUUAUAAUAAAAUUUGAACAGUGUAACGUAAAGCGCUUAAACCGCUUAAAGGAGCAAACGUGUUGACAGAUAUCGUACGAUAUCGCCCAAAACAUAACCUAUAAACUUCAGCCAGUGAACGAAAGCAAUGCUGCCAUCAUCUAAAACCCUGUAUUACAGUGACAUUACACCAGACUUACUGGUGCUAAUCAGACGUGAUAUAGCAUUACACAAUAAUUGUUAAAUAAUACGCGAUGUAAUGUUAAUAUUUUUAGGUUAAGUUUAUGUGAUCGUGAAAAUAAAUGUACGUCGACAAAUAAUUUAAAGAACAGUGAUAUUGUGCUUUAAAAUAUUAACAAGGAAAAAUAGUUAUUUCGAAUUCGACGACCUCCAGUCAGACUUGAUAAGAUGGUGCAAUCGGUAUUCGGAGUAUGGGACUACGCCAUAAUGGCCUUAACAAUGAUCUCAUCCAUCGCAAUUGGACUAUAUUUUCGCUUCAGCGGCGGAAAACAAAAAACAAAUGAGGAGUAUCUUCUCGCAGAUCGAAACAUGUCUAUACUGCCCGUGGCAGUUUCUCUGAUGGCAUCAUUCAUGUCGGCCAUUACGCUUCUUGGGGUGUCAUCAGAAAAUUAUUCCUAUGGAAUGCAAUUCGUCGUCAUCAACAUAUCUUAUGGCAUCGCCACACCGAUCGCAAGUCGGUAUUACCUGCCAGUGUUCUUCGGGCUACAGAAGACGAGUACUUAUGAAUACUUGGAACUACGCUUCGGGCCUCAUAUACGAAUGCUAGCCUCCCUCACAUACACUUUACAAAUGGUGCUCUACAACGGCAUUGUGCUUUAUGCUCCUGCUAUAGUCCUAGAAGCCGUCACAGGCCUAGACAGACUGAUAUCUAUACUAGUCGUUGGAUUGGUGUGCACUUUCUACGCAACUUUAGGCGGAAUGAAAGCCGUGAUUUGGACUGAUCUUUUGCAAUCCCUAUUGAUGUUUGGUGCUGUGUUCAGCGUAGUUGUAUUCAGUUCUGUACAGCUUGGAGGCUUUGGAAAAAUAUUUACAAUUGCGAAAGAGAGAGGAAGACUUCAGUUUGACAGUUUUAGUUUCGACCCAACAGUAAGGAAUACUUGGUGGUCACUGAACUUCGGAGGUUUGAUUACCUAUUUGUCCCUGUAUGCGGUUAAUCAUACACAGAUUCAACGUCUUCAGACGGUGAGAACGCUUGAGCGCUCCCAGGCGUGCCUGUGGUGGAGCUGGCCGGUGCUGUCCGUACUCAGCAUCUGCACGUGCAUGAGCGGGCUCGGCAUCUUCGCCGUGUACAAGGACUGUGACCCGCUGGCGGCUGGCAGCAUCACUAAGAUGGACCAGCUAAUGCCUUUCUACGUGGUGGACGCAAUGAAAUCCGCACCCGGCCUUGCGGGUUUGUUCGUGGCCGGCAUCUUCAGCGCCUCGUUGUCCACUGUGUCAGCCGCCUGCAACGCUCUUGCUGCCGUCACGCUUACUGACUAUGUUGGCAAAUGGUGCCACGUGCGUGAUUCGUACAUCCCUUGGCUGACGAAGCUGGCCGCAUGCGGAUAUGGCCUCGUAUUCCUGGCCCUAGCCUUCGUGGCCGAACAUCUGGGAGGCCUGCUUCAAGCGGCCCUCACCAUCUUCGGAGCUGUCGGGGGACCAAUGCUAGGAGUAUUUACUUUGGGCAUGUUCACUACAUUCACUAAUGAAAACGGUGUUUGUGUCGCCCUGCUCAGCGGGAUGGCUGUAACGUUGUGGAUCAGUUUUGGUGGCCCCCGGCCGCCGCCUGUUAGUCUACCGGUCAGCGUGGCUGGGUGUGCUGCCAACAUUACCCUACCAGAGACUCAAACUACGGAUCCCAGUGACUAUUUCUACCUGUACAGAGUGUCUUACUUGUGGACUAGUCCAAUCGGCUUAGUAUGGGUACUGGUGGUAGGUUCGCUUGUUUCGCUAGCGUGGAAGCGCCAGCACCCGUGGCAGCGGGCUGGGCGCAAGCACCCCGACCCAGCACUCUUCACCCCGCCCCUCGCCCGCCGGUUACGACGCACGCAGGAGACGAAAGCUGAUGUACAGAUGGAUCAACUUAUGCCGUACUACGUGGUGGACUCAAUGCGAAGAAUACCAGGCAUCUUAGGGUUGUUUGUGGCCGGUAUAUUCAGCGCCACUCUGUCUACUGUGUCUUCUUCCUGCAACUCCCUGGCUGCUGUCACAUUGAUAGAUUAUAUGGGCAAAUGCUGCCACGUCCGCAAGUCUUACAUGCCCUGGCUGACAAAGCUGGCGGCCUGCUUGUAUGGCCUCGUGUUUCUCGGCGUGGCAUUUAUCGCCGAACACUUAGGAGGCGUGCUACAGGCGGCGCUGACGAUCUUUGCUGUCGUGGGCGGUCCGGUGCUAGGUGUGUUUACGCUUGGCAUGUUCACUACCUUCGCUAACGAAGCCGGUGCCUGCUCAGGCUUGCUCAGCGGCUUGGCGUUGACAUUGUGGAUAAACUUUGGCAGGCCUCGGCCGUCGCCUACCCGGCUACCUGUGAGCGUAGAAGGUUGUGCCGGCAACAUUACUUUACCGGUAGUCCCGGAAAUCAAUCCUGGAGACUAUUUUUACCUAUACAGGCUGUCUUACUUGUGGACUAGUCCGAUCGGUUUAGUCUGCGUGCUGGUAGUGGGUUCUGUGGUCUCCCUGCUAUGGAGACACCAGCAACCGUGGCAGCGUGCUGGGCGAACCCAUCCAGACCCCGCGCUCUUCACACCUCCGCUCGCCAAAAGGCUUCGGCGAAGUCAGGCGGAAAAGUCAGAUAUUGAAAUACAUAAAGUCGACGUGUCAGCUGCAACAUCGAUAAAGUAAGGUUGCUGACUUAGUCAGUGCCAGUACCAGUGCACCGGUGUACAGUAUGUGUUCUCUCGUCUUGUUCAUGCGAAUGUACGUGUGCGAAUGUGAUACUCGUGAAAAAUUGUAAACAACCUUUGUAUCUGUACCACAUUUCUAGCAAAUAAAUUACUAUUUAUAUAUUACGUUAAGUAAUGUGGUAAGUUAGAUCAAAAGUUAUAAUAUCUGUUUUAUUUACCGGACAAAAAUAUACCCUAGCAACUACUAGAUACGUUAUAUCUACCGAUAAUUGUGUCUCAUAAAGUGUUAUCGCGGAGAAAAGCACCUACCUUAUUAAGAACCUACCUUUGAUAUUUUUGUCCUGUCUCUGAUACACGAUCUUACGAAAUGAAUAUAAUACGUUAGGUAUCUAUCUAAUAUGAAUGAUUCUACUUUUUAACUGACGUAAAACUCUGAUGGUGCAUAUUAAUAUUGUUAUCUAAUAAGCCGUUACAAAUAGUUUUCCGUAUCAUAUCUAUUGAUGCAAAUAUUCAAGGUCGUACCUGGAAUUUACAUGAGACUCAUGCACAAAAUGUUUUGUUAAGAUAAACGUGUAUAAAAAAAACUACAUUUUCAUGAAAAAAUUACAAAAAUGUAUUACUUAGUUAUUAAUUAUGCUUACAUUUAUUUGAAUGCAGCGUGCAAUAGUAAAAUGGUUUGUUAAGCAGAUAAAAAUCCUUCAGAGCGUUUGGUGAGUUCCUCUAAACGACGACGUAAGUAUGUGUUCUAAAACAAAAGAAAAAUAAAACUGCUUUAGUACAGCGUGUAUAUUUUAAUCGGCACUACUAUUAUUUCGGUAGGUACCUGAAAAUUCCUGCCACCGUUGUACGUAAGAUUCAAACAAAAGCAGUGGUUUAAAACCAAAACAAAAUGUGUUCAAAAUUUAGAUUUUCCCUACAGCACAUUAGAGUUAUGCGUAAAUAUUUAAUAGUUAUUUGUACAACAAGAGAGCAAAGUUUGAUAUUUCUUCGAGUGCUUGUUUUGAGUCCCGUGCAAGCGAAAGAUUCUAUAAUACUCGCUACGCUCGUGAAUCUAAUUUAGAAUCUUGAGCGUAGUAAGGGACUCAAAAGCGCACGAGAUGUAAAUAACUUUGAUCUCGUGUAGUACACAAAAUUUUUCACGUCAGUCAGCCAUCAAAAAAUACAAUCUGAACAAAUUUAACCCAAACGGACGAAUCACUAUUUCACUCAUGUUUUAUGAAGGUAUUCUCGCAAUUAACUUUAAUUACCGCAAUAAAACAAAACGAAAGCUAUUUCAAUAAAAUAAUACGAAAAUAAUGAAUUAACGAACAUCAAUUGACAGUUCAAUCGACAACUUUUUUUUUGUAAAAAAAAAACUUUGUAAGAUACGGUCCGAAUUGCGGAUACUACCAUUUGUCAACUAUCGUAGGGAUCGUUAAAAGUAGUUAAGUGGAAUUAUUUACUGCGUAACAAUUGCGUAAAUUUGUAUUAGUUAAUUGUUUUGAUUGUAUAAUAAAAUACGUAAAA